AUGCGGGCCUCGUUCCCGCCAUUGAGCCGCGGCGCCCGCACGCUCGCCUCCGAGGCCGGCAGACGCAGCUACGACGCUGUGGUCUGCGGCGCCGGCAUCGCUGGUGUCUCGUGCGCGCACUACCUCGCGCGCAGCGGCGCCUCGGUGCUGCUCGUCGACAGCCGGCCGCCGCUCUCCCACACCUCCUCGCUCUCGACCGAGUGCUACCGCAACUUCUUCCCCGGAUCGGUCCCGCUGACGGCCUUCAUGCAGCGCUCGGUCGACCUGCUCGAGGAGCGGGCCGCCGAGUGCGACAACGCGUUCGGGCUCAACCGGCGAGGGUACUGGUUCCUCUCGGCGAGCGAGGAGGGCGCAGCGCAGCACGCCCUCGCCCUCUCCGACCCGGGCCUCGCCAGCUGCGGCGGAGUGAGCCACUUUAGCGACGCCUCGCACGGACUGCGGUACCGGCAUGAUGCGCCGACCGGAGCAGCAGCAGCAGCAGCAGCAGCAGGAGGAGGAGGAGGAGGAGGGGGCGAUGGGCCGGCUGCGAUGCUCUUCUCCGGUCGCGAGGCGGCGCGCGACGCGGGCGCCGCCACGCUGAUCCCCUCCUCGCUGCAAGGCGUUCGCACCGCGUCCGACGGCCAGGUCGAGGGGGCGCUGCUGUCGGUGCCCGGCGAGUCGGAGCCGCUGGAGGCGGUGCUGCGGGACGACCUCUCCGCGGUGCCUGGCGACGCGCCGAUGGUUGUGUGGACUGACCCGGCCACGCUCUGCCGCUUCCACCUGCGCCCCUACCCGGGGAAGCCGCACUCGCUGCUCAUGCUCUGGGAGGCGAUCCACGCGGAUGUGGCGGUGCCGCGGGAGCCGCCCGAGGAGGCGGAGCUGCGCGGUUCGCUGUUCGCCGAGCUCACCUUGCGGGCGCUGUCGCGUGCAGUGCCGGCGCUCGGGGGCUACUUGGGCGAGGACGGCUCGAUGACGGCAAACGUGUCGGUGGGGGGCGGCGGCGGCGGCCCAGAGGGCGCGGGGGGAGGAGGGCCGCGAGGAGCGUACAUGUGCGCGGGGCUGUCUGGGUAUGGCAUCAUGGCCGCCAACGCCGCGGGCGAGCUGCUGGCCAAGCACGCGUACGCGGCGGGCUUCCUGCCCGAGCGGUGGGAGAGCGAAGAGUACCGGCGCGGCGUGGAGAGCGGCGCCGUCGGCAAGGGCUUCCAGAUCUGA